AUGGAUCUGACCGUAUGCAUCUCUCCGACAGUUCCUCCUUCCACCUGCGAACUGGACCCGCGAAUAUGGUGGCACCGCAUAGAGAAGGACCUCUACCAAUAUACAUCUCAGCAGAGUGCAUGGCUGUAUGUAGCGCUAGCGAAUGAGGAAAAGCUUGCAGCUGAGGACCUGGUGGUUAUGGAUAUCAGUGUCGGCCAGCCGCCUCCCAACCCUAGCUCAGGUUAUUUAUGGGAGAGUCGACCUGGCGGAAUCUGGGUGCUGAGAAGCGCGUUCUCUGGCAUGAUUGACCAGGCUGUGACAGAGGUGGACGUUCUCUUUGGUAUGGAUGCCGUUGACCCACGACCACAAUGGGCUCUUAUGCGAUCAUCGCUCCAACUUAACGCUCAGCCAAAGGUACCGGUUGCAAGACUAAGCGUACUCCACGGCAGGGCCAAGCCGAGCCCAGAUCGGGCGGCUUUGAGAGUCAGGGAGGAUGGCAAAUUCAGGAUUGUCCAGAUCUCUGACACGCACAUGGUCACUGGUGUCGGGGUAUGCAAAGAUGCUAUUGAUGCCCAUGGGAAGAAUCUGCCAGACAGCGAGGCUGACCCACUUACGGUAGACUUCAUUGGGAAGAUCUUGGAUGUCGAGAAACCAGACCUUGUGGUUCUCACCGGAGAUCAGUUGCACCACGACAUCUCCGACAGCCAAUCUGCCCUCUUCAAGGUGGUUGCUCCUAUCAUCGAGCGUUCAAUCCCAUUCGCAACCGUCUUUGGCAAUCAUGAUAGUGAGGGCAUCCACGCAUUAUCACGCACGGCACAGAUGUCAAUACUUCAGAAUCUACCUUUUAGCCUCUGCGAGUCUGGCCCAGAGCAGGUCGACGGCAUAGGCAACUUCUACCUUCAGGUCCUGGCUCCCGCCCCGUCGCAGUUCCCGUUAUCGACUUUAUAUUUCCUGGAUUCGCAUGGUCAAAUACCGCGCAUGAUAUACAAUCCCGACUAUGACCCUAUCAAGCAAAGCCAAAUUGACUGGUUCACAAACACUUCCCAAGCGCAACGAGGGGCGCGUGAGAAGGACGAUUACAACAACCCCUUUCAUUUGCCUGUAGCUUUCCAACACAUCCCUCUUCCCGAGUUCGGAGACAGCGAUCUUCGUAUACGCAACGGCCACCGGAGGGAACCGACCGAGGGCCCCCGCUUCAAUUCCCAUUUCUACGACGCUUUGGCCAAAGAAGGCAUAUUAGCAUUAUGCUGCGGGCACGAUCACGUGAAUAACUUUUGCGGUCUGCUGCCACAACAAACGCAGCAAGAUGGCGACAAAACCCCUCAGCUUGGCCCUUGGCUAUGCUAUGGAAGUUGCAGUGGGUUCGGGGCAUAUUGUUCGUACGACGGAAAGCGAUUUCACCGACAAAUGCGGGUUUUGGAACUCGAUACGAGUGCCGGGAGCUUGAAGACUUGGAUGCGGGUCGAAUAUGCCAUGAACAGAGUUGAUGAGCUGGUGCUUGUAGAAAGUGGAGCGGUGGUUGAUCCCCCUGGAGAAGAAGAUGAAGGCAGAAGGUGUGUAGUGAGUUAA